AUGUCGAGUUUCACGAUAUUUCUCUUCGUCGUUCAAGCGUGUUUGGUUCAAAAUGCUUUGAGCCAAUGCUAUGGCGGCUACAAUCCUGGCCCGAUUGUAAACGGAUACAAUGGUCCCAUCGGCGGUCCUGGAUACGGCCCUCCCGGCUGCGGGGGCUAUGGCGGUACCGGAGUCGGUACCGUGGCGAUUGCUGGCGAGCUGCCGGUUGGCGGUACCACGGUCGUGUCGGGACAAUUACCAGUGGUCGGCUGUGUCGAGUUCGAGGGUCCGGCUUGUGCGGCGGGAUCUGUGACGAUCAGCGGAAACUGCGUCUGCAGUUGUGGGGUGCCAGGGCCGAUUCUGUACUAA